AAAAAUUUUUGUGCAGAACAACAAGACCUCCGCGGAAGAACACAGCGCAGUCACUUGUGUAUCUUAUUUCUAUGGAAAGGUAGCGGGAAAUAUCAAAACUUCGACACAGAAUGCUCUGUUACGUGUCCCUGCCUGACUUUGUCCUUAAAGAGUUCAAAAUUCGAGAUAAAGCGAGAGGACAAGACCUUUUAGAAGAGGUUCGUUGUUUUGUUCUUCUCUGGGCUCAAAGUCCAGCAAUUUGCUUUCAAAGUAUAUUUUCUGAUGUAACUUUUUUCCUUCGCGUUAACUCGUCAUGAUUCUCUUACUUCCCUUCCUUAGGUGUGCAAAAGACUUGGGAUAAUUGAACUAGACUAUUUUGGAUUACAGUUCACAGGCCCAAAGGGCGAAACACUUUGGCUCAACACCAGAAAUAGAAUUCGACGUCAAAUCUCUGGUACACCACCGUAUCGCCUACAGUUCCGUGUAAAAUUUUUCGUCCAACCACAAUACCUACUUCAAGAUUCCACCAGGUACAAUCUAAAAAUGGUUUACGAGUUUGUAAAUCGUGGCAAUGGUCUUAACCAUAAUUCUCUUUAUUAUUUUCCUUUGGCGCUAUCUUCAACAGUAGCUUACUUGUCAUGUUGAGUUGAAUGGUGUCAGCUGUACACUCAAAUGUUACCAUUUUUUUCUUUGAAGGCAUCAGUAUUUUCUCCAUUUGAAAAACGAUUUGGAAGAAGGGAAAAUUAUCCCAGAUCCGGAAAAAGCGGCAGCGGUAUAUGCGUUGAUCGCACAAGCAACCAUUGGGGACCAUGGCGAUUCCUACUCUCCGUGUGAUUAUUGUCAGGCAUCAGAAAUUGAAUCACAGUGGAGCUCAGAGUUUCGUAGCAGUGUUUCAGAGGAACAUGCUAAGCUCAAAGGCGUUCGAUCGGCGGCAGCGAAGCAAUUUUUCAUCAAAGAACUGUCUCUGAUGGAAAAUUAUGGAAUAGAGUAUCAUCUUGCAAAGAACGAAUCAGGAAAUACCCUUCACAUCGGUGUUGGAAGCGAGGAGAUAAAAAUCUUUGAUGCCGACUUCAACUUUGUUGAAAGGUAGGUGUUAAGGCUUAUUAACUUUUAUCAUGAACAUUCUGGAGUAAAAAGGACCUCUCAGGCUAACGAUGGGAUCUUUGGAAACAAACAACAGCCCUAGUGAAUUUAAAGCUUUUAUUUCAUAGCUAAUUAAACCCAACUUGUGCCAUUAGAAUCUAUUUGCUGCUACACUUUAUAUUCGACCUAUUUGUUAACAAAACGUUUACAUGUUUUAUCCCGUGGUUUCUAUUCUAAAUCAAGACAUUUCCAAUGUAUAAAAUCAAAUUUUCCUUGGGAAUGGUUCGUCAAAAGGCCUGUUUACGCAGCAUGUAUGCACGAGAGACAAGAAAUACCCUUAAGUCAUUUCCUCAUAUCGAGGAAAAAUCUAAUUUCUUUCGGAUAUGUAAUAUGUAAACCACAACACUUCUUCAUUUGUUUAAUAUUUUGAGUUUUGUACCUCGAUAAUCAGUCCCUGCCACUCGUGAAAUGAUUCUUACUCGAAAGCAAUAUGUCUGCCUCAACCUCGACCGUCCAUACACCUAAGGUCUCUCUGAUUUGUAGAAGAACUGCGAGCACUUUUUCAAUAUGAUACGACUAAGUUUUCAGGAACAAACCCUAUCGAUAAGGUACUAAUGUGCUAUUUCGUGAGUCCUUUAAGGUGAAAGUUCAUUCUUAUAACAAAGUACGUGAUGUUUAUUGAUUAAGUUCACGCGUGUUGCUUCGAGGCUUGUGAAUUUUUGAUCAUGAACAGCCAGCAAAAAUGAAUCACUUGUACAAUAAAAUAUAUUUCAGGAUAAAAAAGCCACUUUAUUCUUACUCCAUUCGCCUAAAUUGUUCUCUACUGUACGAAAAAGUGUUUUGAUCCGCAGGAGAAAUUGCCAUAUUUCAUUAUAGCGUCCGACGCGACCAGUUUGUUUAUUUAGUAUCCAGCCAAAUGUCAUCACAUUUAAAAUGAGGGCUUUAGCUGACUUUUUUGUUGUUGUCGUAACCUUGUUCUAACAGCAUCCUUUUCUUUGUAUGUCCUACAAAGUACAUGUAGAAGACAUUUAUUAGGGCAUUAAGAUCUAUAUUUAGGAAAAAUGGAGUAAGAUUUUGCAUGCGUAAAAUUCAACUGUGACCUUUCAAUAAGUGUUACCUUCAUUACUAUGAGGCAAAGCAUCCCACAAUUGCACUAGCUAAGUAUUCCUAAUUUCCAAGUUUUCAUUUAGCUUAAAAUCUCUAAGGGAGAAUUAUCAAAAGUAGAUUGUGACGAAAGUGAUAUUAAAAAAUUUACAUAAUUUUUAUGGCUGCAAGCCAAGUUGUAAAUUUACGUGGACAAAAGGGAAUAUUCUUUUGCCAGUUUUUUGCAAGGGGUUUCCUCAUGUUGCCUCUUUCAGAAUGAUGGAUACUGGCAAACAUAAAUAUGCACUAAGCACAGCAAAACCUCAACAUUGACUGUGACAGGAUUUCUUUAUUUUUGCCUUCUGAACCUCAAGAAGAGAAUAACUCUUGGAAAAAGCAGAUGAUGCAUUAAAUAAAAAGCUAUUGAUUAAAACAUUACUUUUUUGUGCUAAAUCUGAUUACCAUGAAUUGUGCUUGUAUGGGAAGCUGUAUUUUCCCCUUGUGAGAUGGAAAGAAUCAUUGAAAUACUGUGAAAGAGCUCUGUUAACCACUUAACAAAUGAGUAGUGACACUUAUCUUGAUUUUACAAUGUCGAUCUUGAUUUGAAUCCAAUUGAUUUUUGCUUUGGUUACUUUGCUUUAGCCCUUCAACUUCCAAGAUCUGAUUGCUUAUUCUCCCCUCUAGCUGCUACACAUUUUCUUGUAAAUUAAUUAGGAAAAUGUUUUGUUCGAUAAAGACAACAACUUCUACCUGAUAUCUUAAAGUAUUGUUAAAACUGUUAGCUGGAUAAUGUCUUAAUAUAGUAGGGAGGAGUUAAUUUUUUAUCACUUUUGGGAACUAAAGAGUUAAGUAUCAUAUUAAAUUGGUGUAAAACUUUGUAGUUAUGUUCCAUCUUAUUUACAUGUUAAAUCAGUUAUUAAGUUUUCAAAAUUUUACUUUCAGAUUUUUGUACAAUGGCCUCAAGAUGGCAACUCAUGUUAAGAACAAUCUUCACCUGAAAAUUAUAGCUGAUGAUGGUGAAUCUUUGUUUACAUUUCGACUCACCAGUCAGGAAGCUGCCUGUGCUUUGUACAGAUCUAUUACAGAGUAUCAUGCAUUUUACCGUUGUGAAACUGUUCGUAAUGCAGUCACUGAUCAAUUCACACGAGACUUGAAGGAAACCCUGAUCUCUUUCUUUGGAGACGAGGAAUCAGAGAAAAAGUACAUCUUUGAUGUACAAAGGACUUCUAAGGAAGUGUAUGAUCAUUGUCGGAGAGUUUUGUACAAGCGAGGAUGUGAUCCAAUUCAAAAUCCCCCUGCAAAGCGUCAAGUUGAAUUCAGACCUCAGACUGGUGAUGCAAAAGUUGCUCAACUUCAAGAACAGUUGACCAAGAUGGAGGACUCACUGAAGUGUAAGAUCUGCAUGGAUGCACAGAUUGACACUGUGUUUUGUCCAUGUGGACACAUGGUUUCCUGCAAUGUCUGUGCAGCAAAUAUAGAACUAUGUCCCAUUUGCAGAGCCCAGAUCCAGAAUGCUCAGCAUGUGUUCUUUCCAGUCACAGUGAGCUGAAAGUGAGGAGAGGACACCUGAACAGAAUGUUGAUAUUAUUUGACACUUUCUGUCAUUUCCAAGAACCUAGAACCUACCUCAACAUGACACAAAGGAACAACAAUUUGUCUAAGAAGACCCUGGUAAAGGAAGAGCACCUUUAACUGGCAUUAGUGGAUUUCAGAGCAGUCUUUCUAGCCACUAGUGUAGUGUGUUAGAGUAUAAGAACAUUUGGAUUGGUUUGUGAAGAUUAGGGUGAAGAGAGUAAUUAUGAACAAAAGCAGGAGUAUGUAAAAUACUUUCAAGCAUUUUGGUUUCAAGGGACAGCCUCCAAGGCAGAAGUAUUUUUGAAAGAGAGAAUAAUUUUUAAGGCUUUCAAUAACAUGAUUUGAGAGAAAGUUGAAAAGAUGUAUCUAUAAGUUGAAUUUAUAAGUCUCAGAGACUUCUUAUCACAAGAAAACAACCAGGGGUCUCAAACUAAAUGUUUGUUAUUAACAAGUUCUAAGUAUUUCACUGUUAUGAAUAGAAUCACCAUAGUUACUAUACCAGCCUAUUUCAAAGUUUUAGAACCUCUCAGGGAAAAGUGACAAAAUGCAUGUGUUUGUAGAUUAUGAGCAACAUGAACAAGUUUUUUAUCUGUUAGAGUGAGCUAGUUGUGAGUUUCAUUGGUUUGAGCUGUUACUUUUCCUUUGUUUAGUUUGAGGCUGUGAAGUGUGAACAUUUCUUGCGUUAACCUGAAUCCAAGUACCUAGCUCAGCAUAAGUGUAUCUUGAUCUGUACAGAUAGGAUUGUAUAUAAUAUGUACACACUUAUUGGACUAAGGUGCAUGUAUUAAUCAGGUUUGGCUUUUUGUGAUUGUGGCUAACACACACUAUAUAGAAAAUGAAUUGCUAAUGAAAUAUUUGAGAGAGUAAUAAUUAAGUACAAUUCUUGAAUAUCAUUUCAUUGCAUGGUAAUAUCACAGUUGCAGUAACAUGACACUUAAUUUGUUAAUGUUCUUAGCUUUUUAGUCUUAAAAGCAUUUGUGCUUCCUGAAGUUUUAUUGAGUUGUGGCAAACUUCACCUGUUGCCUAUCAUCUUCUAUAACUCGUCUUUCAUUUGUUUUCAAUCAUAAGCAGCAAACCCUAUAAACAGUCAAAGAUAAUUCGCUCAUGGUACAACAAAAUAUCUCAUCAUUUUUUAUCCAGCACCUUGGGUGCAUCAUGUUAUAUUUAAGUUUCUCAUUAAGUGCCUAUGUUAGGUCUGAAAUGUGGUGCAGGUUCAGCACAGUUCAGCAGAUUUUACUUAAUGUAUGCUAGAGUACCUCAAAUGCAACAAAUCAUUCUUAGAUUCCAUGUCCUUGUAAGGCUUUUUUCUUGAAAAUCUGAUAUCGCAAUUUUUUAUAGACUCUUCAGACUUUCAAAAAAUGAGGAUUUUUGUUAGGUCUGU